CGUGUGUUCUGUAAUAUGACUCCCCCGGAAACCGAAUCAACGCGACUUGGUUCCGCUAUCGCCGGAGGCCUUCCUGGACUGUCACCGAGGUCCCGCGGCGCCGGUGGGAGGAAGAGGCCGCCCUCGCUGCUUGUUGUCCUCGCUGCAGGCGGGAGGCGGGCGUCCUCUCGAAAGCCUACGGCUCCUGCGACCCCUCUUACCAGCGCCAUGGCAGUCCCAGGUUGCAACAAGGAUAGUGUCCGAGCCGGCUGUAAAAAAUGUGGCUAUCCUGGUCACCUGACAUUUGAAUGCCGUAAUUUUCUCCGAGUGGACCCCAAAAGGGAUAUAGUUUUGGAUGUGAGCAGCACAAGCAGUGAAGAGAGUGAUGAAGAGAAUGAAGAACUGAAUAAAUUGCAGGCAUUACAAGAAAAAAGAGUAAAUGAAGAAGAGGAGAAGAAAAAAGCAAAAAGCAAAGAGAAAAUCAAGUUGAAAAAAAAAAGGAAAAGGUCUUACUCAUCCAGUUCCACUGAAGAGGACACUUCAAAACAAAAGAAACAAAAAUAUCAGAAGAAAGAAAAGAAAAAAGAAAAAAAGAAUAAGUCAAAAAGGGGGAAACAUCACAAAAAGGAAAAAAAGAAGAGAAAAAAGGAAAAGCAUUCUUCCACCCCUAAUUCUUCUGAGAUCUCCAAAAAGUAACUGAAUCUUCAGCCUAAGCCAUUAAAUUUUUAAAUUUGGUUUUGAAAGUUAUCUGACCUUCCUUGGAAUUUGCUAUAUAAUUAUGCUUUGCAAUAAAUCACAGCCUUUUCCAUAUAGACUUUUUUUUUUUCAUAUUAUAUGGGACCAUUGUCGUCUGGCAAUACAUUUUUAAUGUGCUAACUCUAAGGUAUUGAAUCAGUCUUAUUACUUGGUAGCCAUGUCCCAAGUAUAGUUAUUUGUACAUACAAAAUACAUUAUUUUUGGUAUUCAUGACUCUUUGUCUAACUAGUGUUAUUACUUCAUAAGUUGAUUGUAAAUGGCUUUACUACAGUCAACACAGGUGUUCUACCUAGCACUUAAUAUUUGCUGAAUCAAGUGUCCACCUUGCAGUGAUAAAGUGAGGUAGGGGAUAAUGCUUUGCU